GAUAAAAACCCAUGGAAAGAUUUGUUCUGUUUUCGUCUUCUUCUCUGACGCACACUGGAACUUGGUGACGUCGCAGGACAACAAAGAUGGCAGGAAUAGGAGGCAGCAACUACUGGGAAGAUCUGCGAAAGCAGGCUAGACAGUUGGAGAAUGAACUCGACCUGAAGUUGGUCUCCUUCAGUAAACUAUGCACCAGCUACAGCAGCUCCAGGGAUGGACGUCGAGGAGACACGUCAGACACCACCCCGCUGCUAAACAACUCUACCCAAGACAGGAUGUUUGACACCAUGUCAGUGGAGAUUGAACAGCUGCUGGCCAAACUGACUGCAGUGAAUGACAAGAUGGCAGAGUACACCAACACCCCGGGUACAGCUUCUCUUAAUGCUGCGCUCAUGCACACGCUCCAGAGACACAGAGACAUCCUACAGGAUUACACUCAUGAAUUUCACAAAACCAAAGGCAACUUCUUGGCCAUCCGGGAAAGGGAAGACCUGCUCGGGUCAGUCAGGAAAGACAUCGAGACGUACAAGAGUGGCUCCGGGGUCAACAACCGAAGAACAGAGCUGUUUCUAAAGGAGCAUGAGCAUCUGAGAAAUUCGGACCGACUGAUGGAUGACACAAUAAGUAUUGCCAUGGCGACCAAGGAGAACAUGACCUCCCAACGGGGCUUUCUGAAAUCCAUACAGAGCAGGGUCAACACGCUGGCCAAUCGUUUCCCAACCAUCAACAAUCUCAUCCAGCGAAUCAACCUGCGGAAGAGAAGGGACUCUCUCAUCCUCGGCACAGUGAUCGGAGUCUGCACCAUUCUCCUCCUGCUCUAUGCUUUUCACUGAGAGCCAGCCCUGGUGAAAUCUUUAAAGGAACAGGAUUUAUCUGUAUCUUUGUAACACGGGAACCCCAGGUGACUGAGCUCAGUGAUUGGAGGACCCUGGAGGCUCUGAGCAGAAGGACAUUCAGUUGGUCCAGUUCUUGGAAGAGAACAGAUUUGGCCAACAUGAACUACUGAACUUGUAUUUAGCAGUGGGACAGAUGGAGGGCUGCCAACAAGUAAAUGGAGACCAAAAGUAAAAAAUAAGACUAGAUUUUAAUCAAUUAUAUUGAUAACUCACUUGGUGAAAAGUGUGGAGAGACCUAUGAGAAUGUGUGAUGCAUAAUUCUUUUUCACAGGUGGAAGGAGUUUUAGUUGGAUGGUCCUUUUUAAUUGAUAAGAGAUACUUUAUUGAUCCCCAGGGGGAAAAUUACAUGUCUGAGAAGAUGAAGUGGGAUGGAUAGUUAAUUGUGGGCUGUAAAAUGUGAAUUAAUAAAUUUAUUAAUAUCAGUAUGUACAAAAACGUGUGUGACACUACUAGCUACUGAACAUUUAAAACAUUACCAUUACAUACCAGGAUGCCUCAGCAAGGCUCGUUCUUCUGUAUUUUGAGAGAGAGAGAGUGACCCUGGCUGCCCUAAUCUACUAGGCCACCAAGGUACUUUUUUGCUCCCUGAUUAAACAUCUAGAGCUGAAUUAAUCAAUGUGACAAAUCAACAGAACAUGAAUUGGCAACCAUUUCGACAAUUUAUUAAUUGUUAAAGUAAUUUUCCAAUCCGCCUCUAAAAUCAAAUACAGUUUAGUGAACAUAUUUAGGUUUUGGGACUGCUGGUUAGACAAAACAAACAAAAUUGUGACAUGUUUCACUUUUUUUUUUAUGUUUUUUGGCACAGUUGAUUAAUUGAUUGAUCAACAAAAAUGUAAGUUUAUAAAAAGUGUAAGGUAAAAGGCAGCUGCACACAUUUUCUUUGUGUUUCUUAAAGUUUGGUUACUUAUCCAAGAGGUUUCAACAGACUGUUGAGGUCACAUGAAGUAAUGGCAGCCGUGACCGAAUUAUCAGAUUCAUGUGAAAUAAGCAUUUUGGAUGAAGUCUUUUUAAGGAGUGAAAUGUCUUCAACACCAAACCAGCUAGUUCGGUUGCCUUUUAAGUGCACCAAGAAAAGUGGGAACGUACUGCUUUGAUGAUCGGCUGUUGAAGGAGUUAACCCUUCUGCACGUAGAGUGUGCCUGACAGAGUCCAUGAACCUCUAUUUGAUUUCACUCCACCUGAAACACAAAGUGACGUGCGUUUGAAGGUGGGAACCAACGCAUUCAUCUGAUUGCAGGCUGGGUUUGACCCAUUAGAUUAAAGUCUCACUUUGUUGCUGGGGGUGUAGGAAAGGCAGCUGUGUGAGAAACAUCAAUGUGUUUUUGUCUCACAGCUUUAGGCUCACUUCAACGGACUGAAGAGGAUACAUUUGGUGUCUUGUCCUCAUUCCCUCUGUUUGAGGUCUUUCGCAGAAAGAACGACUGAUGGUUAAGAAAACAGUAGCCAGACAGGCAUUGCCAUCUUCCCCUGAAUAGUCCUUUAGGAGGGACGCCCUGUGCUGAAGUCUUAAUUUGGUCCAGGCAUGUGUUCGCUUCGUCAGUAAGACUGCAGAGGUGCUGAUGCAUUGAGCUCCUGAAUAUUAAUUAAAGAACAGACUAUUUGUCUAUGAAACCCAGAAAAAGCCCUUACCUUCAAUGGUGGAAGAAAAGGAUGCAUGUGUUUUUUUUUUUUUUUUAUAUUAUUUUUGGUUUUAGGAUGGUGGUGUUGUAAGGAUUUCAUUAGGCAGCUGCUCUGCAGAGUGUGUAGGUGUGGGGAGCUGGCUUCAAAAUGUGUCAUGAAUUGUUCAUUUUCCUUUUUUUCCAGAGCGAUCCAUAACCCACAGUUGUGACGGCCAUGAUAAAUGGUGUUUGUGUGCCCUGAGGCGAAUUGUGUAUCAGGACCUGCUGUAUAUACAGGGUUUAAAUAUAACAAAAGCAACAGCUGUACAACACAGUGCAAUCCAAUACAGCAGAGUAGAACCAAUCUCUCCGAUUAAUUCUCAAUAAAAAGAACAUUAAAUACACAUAAGUACUACAUUUUCAAUUGUAGUCUUGGAUUCUAUUACGCUGUACAGGUUUAGCUAUUGUGUCCACCCCCUGCAUGUACGUGAGGUAAGUGAAAGACAUUGUGCUUACAUGAUUUGAUGUUUCUACCUCUUUUCUGGACCGUUACCAUUUGUCAUCAUCGCUGACAUUCUCCAUUUUGUUUUUACUAUGAGGCAUUUCUUCUUAAGCAACUGGUGGAACAGUUGGUCCAUCAUUUUGGUCCAGACUCAAAUGUCUCAGCACGUAUUGGAUGGAUGACGUUUUGUGCAAACAUUAAUUCAGUCUCCUGAGGGUGAAACCUACUGACUUUGGUGAUUCCUGCCUUUACCUCUAGUGCCAAUGGGGUUGGCCUUUUUGUGUUUUAAUGAAAACUUAGUUUUUUGAUUAAAUACACUUACAGUCGG